AUGACGCAGUCUGGAGGCUACGCUAGCGCUAGCACUAGGCUAAUUAUUUGCCAACACACUAUAGCAUUGUACGAGUCGCAGCUUGAGUUCCUCUGUGUUUCUGUCGUCCUGGCCCGCAGAGACCCGCGUCACCCCGUCUUCUGGGUUUUGUCUGGGAUGUAUGGAUGGAUAGUUGACGGCAUAUCGUCGCUGUUUGAGCCCCUCGCCGGACAGAAGUUGACCGAGAGCCCCGCGGAGGAAAGCAGCGUGCGCGGGGAAACUCAGCGGCUGGAGAACAGCGGCAGAGCGGCUAAACGGAGCUACCACAGCAUCAACAUACAUGAAAGUAUUUACAAAAGUGAGGUGGAGGUCAAACGACGGAAGCGAGAUGUAGUCUUGAGCUUUGUCAAGAAGACUGUCACUGGAGUAGCAGGUCUCCUCAGACUGCGUAGGCCAGUGAAGAACUACCACCAGCACUCUGAGUGUGAAGACCCACAGCUCUUCACUCCGAUGGGGAUAGAUGAGCUCCACACCUGCAUUACAAAGUCUGACUGGAUAAUGGAUAAACCAGGUGCAAAGAUUCUCUUUAAAACCACCUCGCCUCCUCUGAUGAGGAAGAUUAGUGGCGGUGGUCUGUCUGAUAAAAGAAGUUCACUACAGCUGCUGCCGUCCAGGUCUGCUCUGGGGCUGGGGGCCAAUAACACAGAGCCUGUGAGCUCCAACUACGCACACAGCCGCUGCUACAAGCCCAGCCUCACUGUGGAGGAGACGAUUAGACAAAACGACAAAGAACACUACAGACGUUUGCUGGAGAUGGUGUCAGAGAAGUAUAGCAGGAAUCAACCACUACCUUUUAAUCAAUCAAAGCCAAAAGAGGAAUUAUCAAAAACUGAACAUGCAAACACCCAAAAGGCCUUUGCACCCAGGAAGACUGCACUAACUGCAGGCACUAGUGUAUUCACAUGGAGGAACCAAACUCCUAAGGGCAGAUGGUGUGCUGCCACUUUCACUCAUUCAUUCACUGGACCCCUUCAUGAUACACAGCAUGGAAGGGCGACUAAGCAGAAGCAGACUCCUGAAGUGGAUCUGUCGGCUGAAGUGGCCACGCGCUUACACCUGGGGGACACAGUUCCCACUGCGGUCAUCCCCCCAGAGCCCCCUUUCAGCAACAACGUACAUGUGAGAUUUACAGAUGAAGAGCUGCCCCGCCUUAACAAGGAAAUGGCAGCAGAGAUUAGUGCUGCUUUGUCUCAGAGGGAUCCCAAUCUGGUGUUGAGUGCAGCUUUCAAAUUGCGCAUCACUCAAAGAGACUUUGCCACGCUGCAAGAAGGAAGUUGGCUCAAUGAUGAAGUGAUAAACUUCUACCUUUCCCUGAUUAUGGACCGGAGCUCUGGAGGGGGGCCCAGGGUCUACUCCUUCAGCACCUUCUUCUUCCCUAAACUGCAGAGCGGAGGACACUCUGCAGUGAAGCGCUGGACUAAAGCUGUGGACCUGUUCCUCUGUGACCUCAUCCUGGUCCCUCUGCACCUGGGAGUCCACUGGGCAAUGGCUGUAAUUGACCUCAAGUUAAAGACUGUGAAAACCUACGACUCGAUGGGACAGCGGCACGACGACAUCAGCAGACUCUUACUACUCUACAUUCAGGAGGAGCACAAAGUGAAGAAGGACGGGGAGCUGGACCUCAGUAAAUGGUCUGCCUGUAGCAUGAGGUCUAGUGAGAUCCCUCAGCAGAAGAACGGCAGCGACUGCGGCGUCUUUGCUUGUAAAUACGCAGACUAUAUUUCAAGGGAGCGGCCUCUGACUUUCAAACAGUGCCACAUGCCGGUGUUCCGAAAGCUGAUGAUUUGGGAGAUCCUCAAUCAGAAGCUGCUGUAG